AGAAGACGUUUCGACUUUGACAGAUUAUCCAGGAAAUCGUCCGAAGACACCAACACAGAGAAUUCAUCUGCCAUUUUUUUAGUAUCAUGUGCUGCUUGUUGACAGACAUAAUCACGGGUCUUGUUGAUGCCGUGGAGCGCUGAGCCGAUUCGAUGGAUUUCCGCGCUGUCUUGAAUGUUGAGUCGCUGGAUUUGUGAUGCUCAAAAUACCGUGUGUGGUGGGAUGUUUCACAUCUGCUUUGGUCAGUUCUUAUUGAUGCCAAGAAUUUGAUCAUAAAAAAACAGAGACGUAUGUUGCGAUUGGAUAUUGUUCAUUCUGGAUCAUUGGGUUAUAACGUGAGUAAUUACAAUUCCGGAAUAUUGAUGGCAGUGAUUGAUGUAACUCCGAGGCGUUGAAUAGACGAGAGGCGUACAAUCCCAGACUCUUGGCGGCAUAAUACAGAUAUUUCAGUGACAUGGACAUCGACGGACAGAAUGACUAAAUGAUUAAGUCCUCAAGAACCAAUUGGGCUUUCAAAAUCGUUAAUUUGUUUGUCAUAGAGACGCUUGGUGGCGAGCAUCGGAUGCAGCUCAGCAGAACUACGUGGAAUUCGUAACCACGGCAGAUGAUGCUUUUUUAAAGAUUUCUUCGACUGCCCUGAGAUUUUGUACUUUCACCACCAAGGCUGCUCAUCUACUUGGUUCGAGACGUUUCCUUGGAGUGCGAUCGCCGACAUGCCUACUUCACGCACGGGAGCCUGUGCGGUGGAGUACUGGGUCGAUGGAUCGCGUCGGGAUGUCGCGAUGGAGGAGUUUUACACCAUGGGGGCAGAAUUGGGAAGGGGGGCCACAUCAGUCGUCUACCGCUGCGAGGAGAAGGAGACGGAGAAGCCCUUUGCUGCCAAGGUCCUGAAGAAGACGAUCGACAAGAAGAUUGUGAGGACAGAGAUCGGUGUGCUGCUGAGGCUGUCACAUCCAAACAUCAUCCGUCUGAAGGAGAUCUUUGAGACGGAGACGGACAUCUCCCUUAUCCUGGAGCUGGUCACUGGAGGGGAGCUCUUCGAUAGGAUUGUGGAGCGGGGCUACUACAGUGAGAGAGAUGCAGCGCAUGUCAUCAAGCAGAUCCUGGAAGCGGUGGCGUAUUUACACAAGAAUGGAGUUGUACACAGAGAUCUGAAACCAGAAAACCUCCUCUACGCUGACAUGUCCCUGGACGCUCCACUGAAGAUAGCGGACUUUGGCCUCUCCAAGAUAAUUGAUGAGCAGGUGACGAUGAAAACGGUGUGCGGCACACCUGGCUACUGUGCUCCAGAAAUCCUUCGUGGCAAUGCGUAUGGACCGGAGGUGGACAUGUGGUCCGUGGGAGUGAUCCUCUACAUCCUACUGUGUGGGUUUGAACCAUUCUUCGAUCCGAGGGGGGACCAGUACAUGUACAGCCGCAUCCUCAACUGUGACUAUGAGUUUGUCUCCCCCUGGUGGGACGAGGUCUCCCUCAACGCCAAAGACCUGGUGAGUAAGCUGAUCGUCCAGGACCCUCACAAGCGCCUGACGGUGGAGCAGGCUCUGCAGCACCCCUGGGUUCUCGGCAAGGCGGCCCGCUUCUCCCACAUGGACACCACCCAGAGGAAACUGCAGGAGUUCAACGCUCGCCGCAAGCUGAAGGCGGCCAUGAAGGCGGUGGUGGCCACCAGCCGCAUGCACGAGUGCUCGCGGCGUAGGACCGACAGCGUUGAGAUGCCCGGCUCCGACAAGACCUCCCGCCAGAGCAGCAUGCAGACAGAACCGGUCUCCGAGUCUCAGAGCGAUCCGGACCUGGCCGGCGACAAGACCUCGCCGAGCUCCACUCCUGCUGCUGCUGCUGCUGCUGCUGCUGGUGGUGCCGGCAUCGGCGCCGAGAAGGAAAUGGACCCUCCCCAGAACCAGAACCAGAACCAGCCCGCCUGCACCUCUUCGCCGACGCAGUCCGUGCCCACGUCUCACAGCCCCAAACCCGGCGGCGGUAGUGGCACCAGCCCGCCCCUACCCCUACCCCUACCCCUACCCCUAGGGGGUCCCACCCUCGCCCCCUCCACUACGGCCACCGCCACCGCGCUCCCUCUCACCAGACCCCCCCUGAAGCCGGACGGGCUGAUGAAGCAGGUCUCGGUCAUCCCAAAGACAUCUGGCAUCUUCCCGCCCCCGCGGCUGCCCAUGAAGAGCUAG